GCUGCGGGUCUUUCAAACAUGGAGGAAAGAGAGAGAGAAAAGGGACUCGAACAGAAGACGCUUGUGCGAGAAACGGCUUCGAGCAGCGAUGCUGCGGGAAUGGACAGGGGCGGCGAACAGGACGACAUUCACUCCAAGUUGGACGUCAGCUCCGAUCAGUUUGAUCCUAUGCUUGCGCUUUACUCGCCCAAAGUUCAGCUGCCCUUCCCCGACAUCAGGUGCUUCAACAACAUCGCCGAGUAUGAAAGUUUCCUCAAAGGAGGCCGCGGCAGGGCCAAGCCCGAGAACGUGGAGAAACGGCUCCGCAAAGCGCAGAAAGGCGUACCGGACCCGGAGAGGAUAGAGAGACUGAAAAAGCUGAUGGUAAACGCGGAACCGGAGGAAGGAGGGAGCGGUCGUAAGAGGCUUCCUCGAAAACAGAAGGCACCCAAAAACAUUCUGACAAGGAUGCCCC